UGAAACUUCGACGUUAUCUGAUGAAAGCUGUUAUCAUUUUUAAUUUGAAGAAUUUUUUGUCACCACUAUUUAAGUCAAAUGGUACAUGCUCUUUGUAUCCUGUAGCUCAAGUUCUUUUGCAGUAAAAAUAGUUGCUUUCCCUCACACCAGCUCUAUCAUUUCGGAUAAUUUCCUUCAUGCUAGGCGCCGCCGUCUCCGCGGCGUCGCCACCUAUUCCUCCGCCAUGUUCAAACUCAAUUCCCGCCAGUGUCCAAGACAGAAAGCAGAUCCUCUUCAAAUUACAGAAAUGCAAAAACAUUCAACAAGCAACUCCAAUUCAUGCUCAAAUCAUCAAGAACGACAACCUCAAUGACCCUUUUACCAUUUUCGAGCUUCUUCGCAUUUGUUCUAGAUGCUGCUCCGUUGGAUAUGCUUCCAAGAUUUUCCGGCGAAUCCGUGACCCGAAUGUGUAUCUCUACACUGCUUUUAUUGAAGUGCUUGUGUCUUCAGGAGCCUACUCUGAUGGAAUUGGAAUUUAUUUUCAAAUGAUUAAGGAUCUUGUUUUACCUGAUAAUUAUAUAAUUCCUUUGGUUCUUAAGGCAUGUGGGUGUGCAUUGGAUUUGGAAAGCGGUAAGCAAGUACAUUGCCAGGUGAUGAAAAUGGGAUUGAGUUUGGAUAGAUUUGUGAGGUUAAAGUUAAUAGAACUUUAUGGGAAGUGCGGGGAGUUUAGUGAUGCGAAGAAGGUGUUUGAUGAAAUGCCUGAAAGAGAUGUUGUUGCGUCUACGGUAAUGACAUCGAGUUAUCUUGACCAUGGAUUAGUCAGUAAGGCGAUGGAUGAGUUUCGGAUGGUUGCGACAAAGGAUAAUGUUUGCUGGACAGCUAUGAUUGAUGGGUUGGUUAGAAAUGGUGAGAUGAAUUUAGCGUUGGAGUUGUUUAGGGAAAUGCAGGUGGCAGGUGUAAAGCCUAAUGAAGUUACGAUUGUUUGUGUUUUAUCUGCUUGCGCGCAGAUGGGUGCAUUAGAGCUCGGUAAAUGGGUUCAUUCCUACGUGGAGAAGUACAGGAUUGAAGUUAAUCACAUAGUUGGUUCAGCUUUGGUGAAUAUGUAUUCGAGGUGUGGAGAUAUUGAUGAGGCAGUUAGUCUUUUCGAAGACUUGAAAGAUAGAGAUGUAACGACAUAUAAUUCUAUGAUCGUGGGGUAUGCGUUGAAUGGGAUGAGUGCCAAGGCUAUCAAAAUGUUCCAGAGAAUGAUACGUGAAGGAAUCACACCGACGAGUAUUACCUUUUCUGGUGUUCUGAACGCUUGCAGUCAUGGCGGGUUAGUGGACGUUGGAUUUGACAUCUUUGAGAGUAUGGAAACUGAAUAUGGAAUUGAACGGAGAAUUGAGCAUUAUGGAUGUAUGGUUGAUCUUCUUGGUCGUGUAGGACGUCUCCAGGAGGCUUAUGAUUUUAUACAAAAAGGGAAUAUUGCUCCAGACAAUAUAAUUUGGGGAUCGUUGUUAAGUGCUUGUAGAAUUCAUAAAAAUUUCGAGCUAGGGGAAAGGAUUGCUAAAAUUCUACGAGAGUAUGGAGCUGCUGAUCCUGGAACGUAUGUUCUUCUGUCUAAUGUCUAUGCUUCGUUGGGUAAAUUUAAGGAAGCGGCAGAAGUGAGAGCAAAGUUGAGAGAAGAAGGUGUCCAAAAGGAACCAGGUUGUAGUUCGAUUGAAGCGAAUAAUGAGAUUCAUGAGUUUUUUGUAGGAGACAUUAGGCACCCCGAAAGGGAAGCAAUAUACCGUAAACUGAAUGAACUGAAUGAUAUGCUGAAAUUGGAAGACUAUGCUCCAGCAACCGAUGCCAUCUCACAAGAUAUUGAAGAACAUGAGAAAAAAUGGGCCUUGAGCAUACAUAGUGAAAGGCUUGCAAUAUGCUAUGGUUUGAUCUCAACCAAACCAUAUAAAAUAAGAGUUGUAAAAAAUCUUAGAGUUUGCAAUGACUGCCAUUCGGUUGCUAAGCUUAUAUCUAAGAUCACACAGAGAAGGAUUGUUGUAAGAGAUCGGAAUAGGUUUCACCAUUUUGAAAAUGGUGUUUGUUCUUGUGGUGACUACUGGUAAACAUAACAUAUUUUUUCUCUCUA